AUUAUGGACGAUUAAUAAACAGAAAUCAGGAUGAUGUAUAAGAAUUUAACCUCAGAUUUACGAAACAAAUAUUUUCCUCAUUAUAAUCUUUAUUAAGUACUAUUCUUUUUCAUCACUAGAAAUAAACUUUAGAUGAAAAAAUCAAUUGUUUCAAAUAAAAUUCAUAAUAGCCUGAAUUGUAUUAUAAAUGUUUCACUACAAUCGAUGAAAGAAUGUAAUAAAACUCAGUUCAAUUAUAACAAUCAUUCAAUAAAAUAGAAAUUGAAGAUUAAGGAUGCUAAUAAAAAUGCAAAGAAUCUUACUCGUAAGAUAAUCAUAAACAAAAUUUGUGUCUUAAAAAAUGUAUGGAGGAAUUAAGAGAUAAAGCUUUUAAAUUAUAAGAUACAUUCUAUCAGACCAUCUUAAAAAGUAAUCCAGAAUUUAAAAAGAUUAAAUGAGUC